GGGACUGGCAAUCGCACCACUGCCGAGCGCAUUCAGAGCCACUUGAAUCGAUACACCCAUCCAAGGGUCGAGUGCACGGCAAUGGAUCUUGGCAUGCUUGCAAAAGACCCCGCCAAUUGUUCACCAGCCUUGUUCGAUGGCUACGACCUCGCGCUCGGGCUGCAUGCCUUCCGCAGCGGCCAGUACCUCAUUCAUUGCCCACUGCCCUAUGCCAUCAUCCUGGGAGGCACAGACGUCAACGAGGCGCAAGAGCUUACCAACGAGCAACUCGAUCUAAUGACAUUGGCCGUGCGACGAGCACGAGGCAUAGUUGCGUUUAAUGAAUCGCUUUCGGCACCUGCGUUGAAGCGAUGGCCAUUCUUGGAUGGCAGCCGGUUACGCAUCAUUCCGCAAGCAGUUCAAAUCGACACACCGCAACCACCCACACCACGCGCACCGACCUUGCACGAGCGCUUGGGACUGCCAGUCCACCCAUCACGGCCUGCUGACCUGGCUCCAAUCGUGCUGCUCCUGGUGGCCGGGUUGCGACCAGUCAAAGACCCAACAUUUCUGUUUGACAUUGUAUCGUGCUGGCAUCGCCUCGACUCGCGCGUUCAUCUCGCCGUCAUUGGACCAGAGCUAACACCCAAAUGCACAAGUCAAGUGCGGGAGGCUGCCGAUCGAUCGCCUGGUGUGCACAUCCUGUCAGCCGUGCCGUACGCAGAGGCGUUGUGGCUGAUGAGCCAGGCUGAUUUUCUUCUCAACUCCUCCCUCAGUGAAGGGUUGGCAAGCGCCGUUCUUGAGGCAAUGUCUCUAAGCGUACCGCUCUUAGCACGUAACAUUCCGGGAAAUGCUGCCGUGAUCCAACAUGGCACGACGGGCUGCCUGUUCAACCAGCCAGCAGAGAUGGUCGCAUCGGCCCUUGCCUACCUGCCAUCGUCAUUUGCUGCGCCGUGGCUGGACGAUGCCGCUAUCGCCAAGCUGCAGAAUGCCGUGCUGUCAGACUCGGACAUUUCGACCAUCCGCUCUGCCGCACAAACUGCUGCGCAAUGCACUCUCGCCGAGGUAACCGAUCGUCGCUCGACGCUUGUCGCCGCCGCCCAUCGCUACGUCGAGCACAACCACGCCUGCGAUGUUGAAGCUGCUGCGUAUCAUGGAAUAUUGCGUGAUUGGCUUAUUUCAUCCUAGUACGAUCCCCGACAAGUUUCAAACAAUUCCAAAAUCGUUCUCAUCAAAAUCUGUCCGGACACACACACAAUUGGCUGGACCCUCUUCGAAGAGGAUGUGUGUAGUCCACGUCGGGGUAGACCUAAUACACUGUAUUUACC